AACAAAUUAAACAAAAGGUUUGGUGGUCUGGCGAUAUCGAUUUGCGAAAUUUGUCACGAACAUUUCUAACUUUGAGCUGAGUCCAGUGCUUCUACCACCUCAUACCCAUCAACUAUAAACUGUAUCCUCUAGUGAUUGAGCAAAACUUCAGGUAUGGCUAAGACGGUGAUCUCGCAGAAGUUGCCGCCGGACAUCGACCCGACCAAGGCCCCGCUGGCGUACGGAGACCGGGCCCUCCCCAGACUCAACCGGGAGCUGAACGAUAAAGAGCUGAUCACCCGUCAGCGGGCCCUGAUGACUCUCUGUGACUACCUGCACGACCCGGAACACAUCGCAGAGGCACUAAGGGUGGGUGUGGCGGAGAGUCUUAAAAAGCUUUUGAGCGACAAGGACCCGACUGUCCGGCACAAGACCACAGAGGUUCUGUAUGUUAUUGCCACCCACAACAAGGGCAGGGAUGCCUUCCUGGACUAUGGCAUUAUCGUGCCUCUGUCCAAACUGUUUGAUGACAGCGUUGACCUUGCCAGGAAGAAUGCACACAUGGCCAUGGAGAUGAUGUCUGAGAUCCCCUAUGGUGCAGCUGGUGUAGUGGAGGCACAACUUGUCCCCAAGCUGGUUGGCAAACUGCGCGACGAACUGAACGAGAUCAAGGAGCUCAUCCUGGACACGCUGCACUUCUGCCUCCGCGUGGAGACCAUGCACGCGCUCGUUGCCGGGGCGAUGGAGGUCUUCACCGAGCUGCUCGGUCACAACCAGGCGAUGAUCCGCGCCAAGGCCGCCCGCGACAUCAUGGACCUCAGCGUGCCUCUCGACGGCAAGAACAAGGCCUGCGAGGUGAAAGCCCUGCCGCCAUUGGUCGGGCUGCUGAAGGAUGGGGACACGUACGUCCGAUCGAUGGCGGCGGGCGCCAUAGCAACCAUCACCAUAACGACCCAGGGGAAGUACCUUGCCCUAGAGGCCGGAGCCAUCCCCCAUCUUGUAGAACUGGUAGAAGACAAGAACAGCGAGGUGCGACUAAACAGUCUGAAAGCCCUGACUACACUAUCCGAGGCUCCCGAGGGGAGAAAGGAGCUACUGAAUCACGUAGAUCUCAUCAGGAAGAGAAUGGAGGAUGAGAGCGAAGCCGUGGUGAAAGCCGCGACUAUCGCCGUUAGGGUCAUCACGUGGAAACCAUAGGAACUCACCCGUAGCGCUAGUUUUCAUGGUUUCCUUAGAAUACUUCACAUCUACAUUUCAUUUCUAGAUGUAGUGCCUGGUUGUGCAUCUAGGUACUUCUUCAGUGUACAUAGGAAGUGUUUCGCUGUAAAGAAUGCAAAAUCUCUGAAGUCUUCUCAAUCAAAUAGACAUGGUAGAUAUUAAAUAGACCUCAUAUAUAUAUAGGGUGCCAACAUUGUAUAUUUUAACUAAAAAUCAUGACGUUUACCAUUGUCAUUGAAUUUGACACUGCACUGAAUUCAAUUAUCUGUGUGUAAAACUUCUUCUUGAGAAAAAAAUGUAAAAAUCAAUACACAUAUUCUAUACAGCCUCAAGUUAUCAUAAAUAAAAAGGUUACUUUCCAGGACUUCAUAUAUGUAAAUAAUGUGGUUGUGGUGUGAUAACAUUGAAAUCUGUGGAACUCCUUGUCCUGUACAGUCAAUAAAUUUCAGCAUCAUUUCAA